CAUUACAACAAAUCAAACCCGGAUCAACAUUAUGGAAGCUUUUCUUCAAUUUCUACCCUUUUUUGGGUUGUUUUUACUUUCUCUAAUAAUCUAUAAUUACAAAAGAAUAAGCACAACAAAAAGUAUAAUCAAACCACUAGCUCCUGAACCAUCAGGGAAAUUGCCUUUUAUAGGCCACCUUCAUCUUUUACAUGGUCAAGCUCCAGUAGCAAGAAUACUAGGAAAAAUGGCUGAUGAUUACGGGCCAGCUUAUUCUCUACGGCUCGGUAAUCAUCAGGCAUUGGUUGUGAGCAGUUGGCAGAUGGUCAAGGAGUGUUUCACUACAAAUGACAGAAAUUUUGCAACUAGGCCAAAUAUGGCUGUGAGCCGGUACAUGGGCUAUAAUAGUGCUGUUUUUGCACUAGCACCAUACGGGCCAUAUUGGCGAGAGAUACGAAAGCUUGUUACAUUAGAGCUUUUAACAAGCCAACGGCUAGAAAGGCUAAAGAACGUUCGUGACUCUGAAGUGAAGUACCUCAUUAAUGAGCUCUCGGUGUUGGUCUCAAAAGACACGGCUCAAACUUCUGCUGUGGACAUGACCAAGUGGUUCGAACACACAACUUUUAAUAUAAUUGUAAGAAUGUUGGCAGGCAAAAGAUUUUCUGGUGGUUGUAAUGACAAAGGUGACAAUGAAGACAUACAAGUGAAAGAAGCCAUAAAGAAAGGGUUGUAUCUUAGCGGCGUUUUUGUUGUGUCUGAUGUUAUUCCGAAUUUGGAAUGGUUGGAUAUUGGAGGACAUGUGAAAGCUAUGAAACAAGCAGCAAUAGAGCUAGAUGUUGUUUUUGGAAAGUGGGUCGACGAACAUGUUGAGAAAAGAAAAGAGCGUGGCAGCGAUAAAUUAGAAGCCGAUUUUAUGGAUGUGAUGCUUUCGACCCUGUCAAACGAUGCUGAGAUGUUUGGCUAUGGACGUGAAACCAUUAUCAAGGCAACAACACUGAUUCUCAUCUUAACGGGUUCAGAAAGUACUGCUGAGACACUGACAUGGGCACUCUCUUUACUAUUGAACAACCCACGCGUCCUAAAAGCAGCCCAAAAGGAGCUUGAAGAUCAUGUAGGAAAAAACAAGUGGGUCGAAGAAUCAGAUAUCAAGAACCUAACAUAUCUACAAGCCAUAGUAAAAGAAACACUCCGUAUGUACCCACCAGGUCCUUUAGCAGGACCUCGUGAGGCCAUUGAGAAGUGCUAUAUCGGGGGCUAUCAUGUCCCCAAAGGGACCCGUUUAAUAGUGAACGUCUGGAAGCUACAUCGUGACCCACAAGUGUGGGCAGAUCCAAAUGAUUUUAAACCAGAAAGGUUUCUUGAGAAACACUCAAACAUCAAUUAUCAGGGUCAGAACUUUGAAUACAUUCCGUUUAGUUCUGGAAGAAGAAUGUGUCCUGCAAGCACGUUCGCUUUGCAAGUAAUUCACUUGACACUAGCUCGAUUACUUCAAGGGUUCGAUUAUUCAACACCAAACGGGAAGCCGGUUGAUAUGAGUGAGGGAUUAGGCAUAGCCUUGCCGAAAGUGAAACCGCUUGAAGUGAUCAUUACUCCGCGGCUUUCUCCACAACUCUAUCAAAACCUUUGACACCGAUUAAAGGGUCCAAAAAUAACAAAAUGAAGACAUUGGUAUUAUGUUAUACAAUCUCACUAUAUAUGUAAAUAAAAGAUUAGAACCUAGUUAUUUUUGCUAUGGAUUCUUAAUCUCAUUGAAUGUAGUUGUUCUAUAUUUCGAUUGUAAUGCAAUAUGAAUAUAUCCAAGUGUUUUUUGAGAA